AUGUUCAGUGUGAACACUUCCCCCUCUAUUAGCCCCCUAACACAAGCAGAAGAGACAGCUGCUGCUAAGCGGCAGCAGUCUUCCUGCACCACCACAGCCCAGCCAGCACACAGCAGCAUGUGCUGGCUGGAGAAGAAGCUGCUGCUGCUGACAGAAGCAGAUCAGACAGAUGCUGUCCCAGGGUUUCAAAAUCUCACAAAAGACUAUAAUAAAUACCUACGACCACAGCUUAAUGCAAAGCCAGUUGAAAUUUCAGUAACUCUGGAAGUUGCAAGCAUUGCUUCUGUUUCCGAAGAAAACAUGGAUUACACAGCCACAAUAUUUUUGCGCCAGCGCUGGACAGACGAACGUCUGAUGUUUGAUGGCAAUAAGAGCAUUACGUUGGAUCCCAGGCUUGUACAAUUGCUUUGGGUCCCAGACACAUACAUUGUAGAGUCCAAGAAAUCCUUCUUACAUGAUGUCACUGUGGACAACCGUCUUGUUCGUUUGUAUGCCAAUGGAACUGUACUAUAUGCUCUCAGAAUCACUACCACUGUGGCUUGCAAUAUGGAUUUGACAAAGUAUCCCAUGGAUAGACAGACCUGCAAACUACAAUUUGAGAGCUGGGGCUAUACUGCUAGGGAUCUUGUAUAUACCUGGAUGAGAGGAAAUGAUUCAAUACGUGGCAUGAAUUCUUUGCAACUUGCUCAAUACACAGUUGAGAAAUAUCACACAUCAGUCACUAUUGGAAGGGAUGAAACUGGUACUUACCCAAGGCUUAUUUUAUAUUUUGUACUCAAAAGAAACAUUAUCUACUUCAUUUUGGAAACCUAUAUUCCGUCCACUUUAUUGGUUGUCCUAUCUUGGAUAUCUUUUUGGAUUUCCAGAACUUCUGUUCCUGCAAGGACAUGCAUUGGGGUCACAACUGUUCUAGCCAUGACCACAAUUUUGAUGGGUUCUCGGUCAACAUUUCCUACAGCCAACUGUAUUAUAAAAGCCGUUGAUGUUUACCUCGGAAUCUGCUUCAGUUUUAUUUUUGGUGCAUUAUUGGAAUAUGCAAUUGCUCAUUAUUGCACUGAACAACACAGCAUAAGAAGCACAAGUGUAAAAAAGAAUCUACCUGAAGGACAAGAAGAAAAUGUUAUUAUCCCUAUCAAUGAUACAUCAAAAGAACUGAUCCGAAAUAACAGUCAAAUAGAAAAUAUUGUGGCAGAGACUGAUGAACAUAAAUGCAAUACAAACAACAUAAAAUUAAAAUUUUGGUUAAAAAUCAGAGGAAAAUUUGACAUGUUUAUUGAUUUAUUUACUGUGAAAAACCCUGAAAACAUUGAUCGUUAUUCAAGAAUUGUUUUUCCUCUAAUAUUUCUGAUCAUUAAUUUAUUCUAUUGGGUUUAUUACCUCUAUUUUUAA